GGUUUUCAUUAAUUGUGAACUUUCGCUACAUGCAGACUGGUUGAUUCCAACUGUGUUCAUUACCUUUAUUAAAACCUCGAGACGAAGGUUUUUAAAAAAUUUGUAUGAUAAUUUAAAAAGGUUGCAACACUGCUUUAAAAUGGGAUUUCAUUUUCAUUUUGCUAUUUUGCCCCUCAUUUUAACAACUAUAAUAGCUCCUUUUUAUAUUGAGGCUGAACAAAUAAUUACGAAGGAUGAAGCUACCAAUGUUGGUGAAAUACGAAUUUUCAAACGUCUUAUUCCUGCUGAUGUUUUGAGAGAUUUUCCGGCGAUGUGCUUUGCUUCCACUCGUUGCGCUACUGUUGAGCCAGGAAAGUCCUGGGACUUGACUCCUUUCUGCGGGCGAUCUACAUGCGUACAAAAUGAGGAAAAUGAAGCCAAGCUUUUGGAACUCGUUGAAGACUGCGGCCCAUUGCCACUCGCGAACGACAAAUGUAAAUUGGACACUGAAAAGACAAAUAAAACCGCUUCGUUUCCUUAUUGCUGCCCUAUCUUCACAUGUGAUCCUGGUGUUAAAUUGGAAUACCCUGAAAUUGUAAAGGACAAUGACAAAAAAAACGUUGAGUGAUUUAUUUGGUUGGCUUAACCCUAAAGAACUGUAUGACAAUACAAUAAAUAUAUUUGUUGCUUUAGUAAAAAAAACA